AUGGUGUGCAAACAAACCUCACAGAGAAGAACAGCUGAUAAGGGAAACUCUCAGAGAAGAAGGAACGCCUCGUCUCGGAAUGAGACUCCUGUGGUGAAUGUACACAUUGAAAGAGAGAUACAACCUGGACCACCAUCGGACAGCUAUUCUCCAAACUCCGAACGCAGAAGAACAUCCGAUUCAUCAGCUUUGAAUUCGUCUCAAUCCUCCAAUGUCAUGCCAGAGAAUCCUCUCUUUUAUAAUUGUCAUGUAACCUUCCAUGUGAAUCACUUUUUAACCAAUGUAAAGUGUGGAGAACCCCCUCAACACGAUAGUCCUGUAAGAAGGAAGAGAGAGACCACUCACAAUCACGAACCUCUCAAUAGUGUGUUAGGAAAGAGAAUGAACGAAGAUUUCCUCUCUGGUAAAAACACACCAAAUAACGUUGCCGUCAAGAACGAAACUCCCAUCAUCAUGUCAGAAAGGAAGCAUGUUGCCAUGGAAGAAGAAGAGCUCGAUUCAUCAUCCAUGGAGGAAGACGAGAGACCAAGCGAAGGUGAGGAACCAACAAGCUCAGACGAUGAAGAAUUUCAUGACAAGAAUUUUAUUGUAUCUGACAGUGACAGUGAAAACAGUGGAAGUGAGGAGAGCAGUCUUGAAACCCUGCAACCAAACCUUAAACAUCGAAAAUUAGUGUAG